CUCAUGAUUGGCUGAACAGACUGGCAAGGUGGUCAAGCGGUAGUGGAAAGGCCGUGAACGUAAACAGACGACAGUGGGAAAUCCUGCAGUUUGUUUGUGUCCCGUCUAUUUCUCUGUAUGAGUUAAGUUCCUUAACAAAACCAACACAACUCUUUGUUGCCACAAAGUGUGGAGCCUCACAGUCAGAGGUCAAAUAUGAGGCUCUACUAUCCUCUUCUGUUCUGCCUGGCAGCAGCUCUGUCGUCUGCCUAUGUGAUUUCAUCUCCACACAUGUGGACCAAACUGAUCCUGACCCACCACUGGCCAAGCACCUUCUGCAGUAUGGAACACUGCCACCCCAACAUUAGCUACUGGACGCUACAUGGACUCUGGCCGGAUAAAGGGAUUGACUGCAAUUCAUCGUGGCAUUUCAACGCUUCUGAAAUAGAGGACCUGCUUCCAGACAUGAUGAAGAGUUGGCCAGACUUGCUUAACCCAUCAUCUACUGGAUUCUGGAAAUAUGAAUGGCACAAACAUGGUACGUGUGCAGCCAGAGCAGCUUCUCUGAAUAGUGAACAUAAAUACUUCAGCAAGGCACUGGAGCUGUACCAUAAAGUGGAUCUGGACAGCAUCCUGAAGAAGUUUGACAUCACUCCUUCAGAGAAAUACUACUCGUUUUCACAAGUUGAAGGAGCCAUAGAGAACUUCUACGGCGUCACACCUAAGAUCCAAUGUGUCCAUCCAAAGAAUGCUGAAUUCCAGAUCUUGGGGCAGAUUGAGAUCUGUUUCAACUCUGACUUCACCCUCAUGGACUGUGAGAGACAUUUUACCAGGGAACCCAUAUCUAAGGGAGACAAUUCCACUGCUGUUAACAAAGUAUCUGGAUUCCUUGUGUGUGAUCACGAUACCCCAGUUUACUACCCACCUCUUAAAUCGCAUACAAGCACAAACUGAAGUGCAACGCACACUACAACACUCCUUUUACAUGCACAAAGACACACAAGCAAAUGUAUUCUUUGUGUACCAGUCAACUGUACUGUACCACACAUGUACACACUAGCUAUCACUUAUUUUCUCUCAGGCUUCACAAUUAACAUAUCUUUAAUGGUAAUUUAUAUCAAGCAGCCUCGUGCAGUCAGUGCAAGAUGAAAAUAUUUUUGAACUGCAUGGAAAUUCUCGCUGGGACAGAUACUUGAAAGCAAUUUUUAAGUGCAUUGUUCUUUUGAUGUGCUGGAAAAACUAGGACGCACACACAUACACACACUCCAAAACUACUUAGUGCUUUAAUGGAAUUACGUCCCUUCCUGACCCUUGCUGGUAGAUGAAUCCUAUCCGCAGCUCACCAGGGCGCAUCACCAGGGUGAGGUCAGGGCAGGGCAGCCAGGCAGACAUUCAGUUUACUGUGGCCUAAUCUUGUUGGCAAAUGAGUGUAGAGCCUUUUCCAAUAUUUUGCAGCCAACUCCUACUUCACGUUAUUUAUUGUGUGGAUGUUUAUUAACUUUAUGGUUAAAAAAAUCAAUAAAUCAAAAUGGCUGUUGUUUUCUUAAUAAUUACAUCACAAUAUGCGUAUUUCUGAGGGCUUUCAGGGCAAGGCCAUUUAUUUGAAACCAACGCUACUGCUCUAUAACAACAUCUUCAUUUUUCAGAUAUUAUAAACUAAUACAUUUAGCUGUCUUCUGAUGUUUGCCAAGUACAUAAACAGUUAUAUAAUGUUGCGCUGCAGGCCUAGCUAGGUCUGUCUUCAUUGCACCAAGAGGACUGUUAGUCACAUGUGAGCUUAAAACCAAUCGUCUAUACAUUACGCACAGACUAGAAAGUAAAUGUAGCAGAUAAAGUUAGGAGUAAAUACUUCAAUUUGUUCUACAUAGUGCAUUUUUACAACAGUGGAACAUUAAAACUUGAGACUUACCACAGCACACAAAAUGUCAAGUUCAACAUACACCAUUGUUGUAUAUAUAGAUAAAAUGCUUGUUCCUCGAGGAUGUAACAUGUUUUUUGGGCAUACUCCCCACUCAUUUGUACUAUGAUUCAUUUCCCUUGGGGCUGUUUGCUGUUGUGCCUUGACAAAUCAAUUCUGUGUUAGCUUGAAAGGUAAAUGACCAGUGUCACAGAGGACAAUUGCUGUGGUUCAAGCUGUGAAAAGAAUUAAAUUGAACAUUUGUAUACUAUUUCUUUUUUUUUUUUUACUGUCAAUAAACCACUCAAUAACUAGUCAA